ACCACUGCCUCCCAACACAUCCAUCCCAUCAAUUGAUUAUAUCUCCCGAUAUACUCAUAUAUAAUCAAUCAAAAUGUCUCCCACCCCGCUCCGCCCCGGAGUUUACGCUCCAACCAUGACCUUCUUCGACCCCUCGACCGAAGACCUGGACGUCCCCACCAUCCGCCACCAUGCCGUCCGCCUCGCCAAAGCUGGUCUCGUCGGACUGGUCUGCAUGGGCUCGAACGGUGAAGCCGUGCACCUCACCCGCGCCGAGCGCAAGACCGUGAUCAGCGAAACCCGCACCGCGCUCGUGGAAGCCGGAUUCUCCAACGUCCCCGUCAUCGCCGGUGCCAGCGAACAAUCCAUCCGAGGCACCAUUGACCUCUGCAAGGAGUCCGCCGAAGCCGGUGCCGAAUACGCCCUGAUUGUUCCCCCCAGCUACUACCGCUACGCCACGGGCAAUGACGAGACCCUCUACGAGUUUUUCACCGCCGUGGCAGACGGAUCUCCCAUCCCUCUCAUCCUCUACAACUACCCCGGCGCGGUGGCAGGCAUUGACAUGGACUCGGACCUCAUCAUCCGUAUCUCGCAGCACCCGAACAUCGUCGGCACGAAGUUCACCUGCGCCAACACAGGAAAGCUGACCCGUGUUGCGUCCGCCUUGCAUGCCAUUACACCUCCCUCGCCUUUGGCUCCGGCGGAGCGCAAGGUGCCCAACACCAAGACGGUGGCGAACCACCCAUAUGUUGCGUUUGGUGGUAUUGCGGAUUUCUCGCUGCAGACGUUGGCGUCUGGAGGAUCGGCGAUCUUGGCUGGCGGCGCGAAUGUCAUCCCUAAGUUGUGUGUGCAGAUCUUUAACCUCUGGAGCGCGGGUCGCUUUACGGAGGCUAUGGAGACCCAGGAGUUGUUGAGCAAGGCCGAUUGGGUUCUUACCAAGGCGGCUAUCCCCGGCACGAAGAGUGCUAUCCAGAGUUACUACGGAUACGGUGGAUUCCCGCGCCGGCCGCUGGGUCGGUUGACUACCGAGCAGGCGGAGGCCGUGGCGGAGAAGAUCAAGGAUGCCCUGGAGGUUGAGAAGUCGUUGCCGGAUAUUGCUUAGUUGAAUGUAUCAUAUAGAUUGUCAUUGUGAAUACAGCGGUUUCCGAGAUGU